GGCAGGACCUUACUUGCACUCGUGUUUUUGUAUGUCUCUGGCGCCCCCCUGUGGGCAGGGCCUCACUCAUGCUUGUGGUUGUGUGCAGCAGACCAUGAGGAGCUUCUGCGAGCUGUUGCUGUGCGUGAUCCUGACCCUGUGGCUGCCCACCCCCGCUCGGGGCUUCUCCGGGGGGGCCAGUCGCUCGGCCUGUAUGGACAUGAAGCCUGGUCACAUCCGCGCCAAGCCCCAGGAUGCUAGGCGCGCCUUUGUCACGCUCUACACUGAUGUGCGCUCCUACCUACCAGGGGACAUUGUGGCUGUGGCAGUGAGGAGCACCCGGGACUUCAUGGGCUUCCUGCUGCAGGCGCGGACAGUGGCGGAGCUCCGUCCUGCCGGCUCCUUCGUGGCGACGCCAGUGGGCUCGCGGCCACUCGCCUGCGUGGAAGAGGCCGACACGGUGACACACGCCGACAAGCUGCUGAAGAGGAACCUGUCGUUCGUGUGGAGGGCGCCGGACCGACCUGUCGGCGACGUGCGCUUCCUGAUUACGGUGGUACAGUCUUACUUUGUGUACUGGGCCGGGAUUGAGUCUAGCGUGGUGAGUGACGGCACAGGGAAGAGCACAGAGGUAGCACAGGCAGCGGAGGGGGUCUUCAGCACUCCCAGUCCAGGGUCCCCAGGGUCCAUGUUGCCAAAUAGAGAGGUGCUCCCAGGAGGGGGAGUCCCCCAGGGGGCCAUAACCCCCCUGGACAGGAUGUUUCAGGCUGCCUCUUGCACUGCCUCUAGACUCAGAGCAGAUAGGGUAAGUAUCAUAGGUCCCAAAAAGCAAAAAAACAUCACUGCAGGUAACCUGCUGAAUCGAGAGCAACCUAUAAUCCACGUGACAGCCAUGAUGACAGGCGUCCUGCGAGGGUACGCCCCUCAGGGCAGUUACAGAGCAAGUGACAUCGCGUUAGGGACCACAGCCUGUGUGAUGACCAGAAAAGCUUGUGCUCUGUGCCAUUCCUUUCCAGGGAAGCUAGCCAGACCCGCAUCACCACGCUGCAGCACUGUCAGGAGUGUAAGGGUGACACAGAGGUAUGAUGAGCAGCGGCCUGUAGCUGUGCACACCACCGGGAAGCCAAGGUUCUUCUUGCUGCCCAGAGCAAACAGGAUCACCAUAGUCCCUUUUUCAUACCUAUUACUCUGUCAGCAGGAUCCAGGGGAAAGCUUGCUGCUGCCGGUCAGCCCAGAGGGGGGUGAUGUGGGGCUCUGGCAGGCCCGACAGAGUCUGCUGGUGGGCCCUGACCUGGACACCAAGGCCACCGUGGCAGAGACGGAGAAAGCCACCUACGCCAGAGUGGCAGCCUGGUCACGGGUCACCUCUGCCCCCCAGCUAUCCAGCCCACGCACCAUGACCACGGUCACACACUCCCAGCUGCAGAAGCCUGUCCCAGGCUUGAAUGUGUCACAGGGGGGAGAACUGGGACCCCCGAAGGAGGCACCAGAGAGGGUGCCUCCCCUGGGUAGGGCCCAACUGGGCAUCCUGUUGGGCGUGGGUGCCGGGCUGGGCAUGGUCCUUGCAGCAGGCCUGAGGUACCUGCACAGCCAGUACUGCUGGAAACGUAGCGAGGUUUCCUUUGGUGAAAGCAGCCGAAGGGGUGGAGUCAUCCACGUGCAGGAGUGUGGCGACCUGGUGCAGGUGCGCAAGAUCCGUCAGGACAGCUUUGUGGUCCUACAGGCAGAGUAUAAUGUUCUGACUCCCCCAGGAAACUGACACUCUCAGCCUGGCAUAGACAUAGAUACACAUAGCCUAGCAGACAGACAGAGACUGUCAGACACAGUCAGGCACAGAGACAGAGACUGACAGACACAGCCUGGCACAUAGACAAAGGCCGAUACUUUUUCUGGCAGAGACACAGAGACUAACACAUUGCCUGGCAAAGAGAUGGACACACUGAGCCAGAAAGAGACAGGAAUACACAGCCUGGCAGAGACAGAGACUGACAGAGACAGUCUGGCACAGACACAGAGACUGACACACAGCCUGACACAAAGACAGACACACAGAGCCAGGAACAGAGAUGGGGACACACUCAGCCAAGAACAGAGAUAGAGACACAUAGUGACACACAGCCUGGCACAAAGCAGAGACAGACACACAGAGCCAGGAACAGAGACGGAGACACACUCAGCCUAGCACAGAGAUAGAGACACAUAGUGACACACAGCCUGGCACAGAGACAGGCACACAGAACCAGGAACUGGGAAAGGGGCACACUCAGCCUGGCACAGAGAUAGUUUCGGUCUCUGCGUGUGUCUAACACAGGGAGAUACACAUGCACAAUUCAUU